GGGAGGCUGCAGCGAAGGAGGCAUAAGAGCCUGCUGCAGCACAAGUGUUGACCAGCCACCACCCCAUCGACAGCUGCUACCCCUCACUUCAUUGCGUUCCUCUUAAGUUAACAGAUAGAGAGGACAAGUGGUGAAACCUCUCUGCUGCUUUUCAUGGACAGACUGCAUGAUGCCCUACCUGACAGCUGCAGGUUAAAUUAAACUCAUUAGCAUGAGUCGUACCAGUUAGAUCAACAAUACAAACAACAAUGCCUGCCAGUUCCUAAUCGAACUGCACAGAGCUAGAGAGUGGGAGACUUAAGGUCACAUCUGCUCUGACUGUGAUCAGAAUGACCGGCAGCAUUGUGCAAGAAUACUGUCGUGAGGAGCAGUUCCACCUUCCUCCACAGUGGGGCUCAUAAAGCCAAGAGGAGAUGAUGCCUUGGAUUUAGCUGGCCCACAUGAGUGAUAUGAGCAACACACUGGAUGAAAUACACACCUCUGGAUGCCUGAGCAAGAAAGCAGAGAUUUUUCAGAGUGGCAGGGGUAAUGUAAGUGGCUUUCCCAGCCCAGCCCUCAUCCCUGAGCGAGCUUCUUUACUCACACCAAAUGCCCAGAAGAUCAGGACUCCGCUCUGCAAAGGAAGCAGGAGCAAUAAAGAUGGAGAGGACUCAUUCCCUUCCUCUCUUCCAAACCCUUUCCCAGAGCUUAUCCCCUCGACCAUCUCCCCCCUUGUCUCUGAAUGUUUAUUACCGUGGACCAAAAGCAGUGCAACUCAGGUAAUCAAAGUUUAUAAUGAAGACAACACCAGCAGAGCAGUGGAGGUCCCCAGUGACAUCACUGCUCGGGACGUUUGCCAGCUAUUUGUCCUGAAGAACCACUGCAUUGAUGACCACAGCUGGACCCUGUUUGAACACCUGUCCCACCUAGGGAUCGAGAGAACCAUUGAAGACCAUGAGUCUGUCAUGGAGGUGCUGUCAGGCUGGGGAAUGGAUGCCGACUGCCGGCUGUACUUCAGGAAGAACUUUGCUAAAUAUGAAUUCUUCAGGAAACCCCUGGACUUUUUUCCAGAACACAUGGUCUCUAUAUCCAGUGAAGCCAACGGGAUAGUGGAUCACUCUCAGCUAAUACAGACCUUUCUCAACUCCAGCUCAUGUCCAGAGAUACACGGACACCUCCAAGCCAAAGAGCAGAGCAGGAAGUCAUGGAAGAAGUUCUACUUUGUCCUGCGGCGGUCGGGGCUUUACUUCUCUAAUAAGGGAACUUCAAAGGAGCCGAGGCAUCUCCAGUUCAUCGCAGACUUUAGUGACAGUGAUGUCUAUACUGUGCUGUCAGCCAAAAAACUUCAUGGUGCACCGACAGAUUAUGGCUUCUGUGUCAAGUCCACAAAGUGUAGCUCAGCCCGGGACUUGAAGCUGCUUUGUGCAGAUGAUGAACAGACCAGGACCUGCUGGAUCACAGCCAUGCGCUUGUUAAAGUAUGGGAUGCAGCUGUACCAAAACUUCAUUCAGCCACACCAGAAACAAAAAGCUUCACCCAUGAGGAGCAUCUCAGAGAAUUCCCUGGUGGCCAUGGAUUUCUCCGGCCAGAAGAGCCGAGUGAUAGAGAACCCAUCUGAGGUGCUGUCUGUGGCUGUGGAGGAGGGACUGUCAUGGAGGAGGAAAAGCUGUCACCGUCUUAGCGGCCAUGGCAGCCCUUCAACAUCACAGAACUCUUCAUCAAACAUAGCUCUACAUUUGGCUCAGUCAUGGUUCCAUGGAAAACUGUCCCGGGACGAGUCUCAGCGCCUCAUCACUCAGCAGGGUCUUAUAGAUGGGGUUUUUCUUCUGAGAGACAGCCAAAGCAACCCUAAGACAUUUGUGUUGUCUCUGUGCCACAUGCAGAAAAUCAAACACUUUCAGAUCUUACCUGUGGAUGAAGAAGGGGAGUUAUUCUACAGUCUGGACGAUGGUCACACGCGCUUCACUGACUUGAUCCAGCUGGUGGAGUUUUACCAGCUAAACCGCGGUGUGUUGCCCUGCAAGCUGAAACACCACUGUGCCCGGAUCACCUUGUGAACAAGGGACCCAGAAGACCCCCGAGGGCCUGCAUGCACCUUAACUCCAGGGCCUUUCUGGACAAACACUCCCAGUGUUCUCGUGCCUUGAAGAAGAAUAUACACAGACUUACUGAGCAGCCAUGUGAGCUGAAUCCACUGUUAUCUAUCAUCCACACCCACACUGAGUUCAUGAUCCUUUUUUCCUUUAGAGAAAAAGAUGAGUUUGACAAUAGACCAUAAAGACUGACAACAUGUGCAUGUGCUUCUUUUCCUGGUGAGUGGCAUACAGUAGCUGAGAUGAUAUAUGUCAGUGAUUAUAGAAAUCUAGAAUUUAUGGUCCAUAAAUGCAAUGAUCGAAUCCUAACAGGGGUAUCAUUUUACUGAACCCACAAUAUCGUGGGAAUCGUACCAGAAAAACUUCUGUCCUUUUACAUGAGUAAAUCUAAGCUAUCAUACCAGAGACUUCUGUCCUUUUACAUGAGUAAAUCUAAGCUAUCAGACCAGUGACUUCUGUCCUUUUACAUGAGUAAAUCUAAGCUAUCUUAAGUUCCAUUGUCAUUUAAUCUCAUAAUAUUCAGGUAUUUUUUAAAAAACGUUUUCUGUAUCAGAGAACAAAGAACAAGGGUUGUGUCCAAAAUCAUGCACUCAUUCCCUAUGCCCUUUAUAGUGAGCUGUGUAGGUGGUCUAAAGAGUGGUACAAUAAAUAAGUGAUUUGGGACACAUCAGUGAUGUUAUUGUUGUCUCACAGUUUAAACAUAAAAACAGCUACCAAGAAAUGGUAGAAUUUCACUCAUCUCUACUAUCUCUACUACUCAGAAUCUCUACAUCAGAAGGGAUUAGAGCCACUGAAAAAAAAAUUGAGACGUAUUUUUUUUUUUACUUGUGAGAAAAAGUCAGAAUUCUGAGAUUAAAGUCAGAAUCGUUAGAUUAAAAUCA